CCAAGGGCGCGGGCGGUGACGGGAUCGGCGGUGGCGGAGGAGAAUAAGAAGAUGAAGGUGUUGGUGGCGGUGGACGAGGGUGAAGGGAGCUUGUAUGCUCUAAAGUGGACCCUCGACCAUCUCUUUCGACCUGAUUUGCGGGAGCAUCCCCGCGGUAGACUUACCCUUAUUCACGUCCAGCAGCCUUUUCAGCACUUUCUGUUCCCGGGACCAGCUGCCAUGCCUAGCGCCGCAACUGUAUACGCCUCUUCAUCGGUGGUUGAUUCCGCAAGGAGAGCUCAAGAGCAGAAUACCAACAAGCUCCUCGGUCGAGCGCUGCAGGUUUGCAAAGAGAGGAAGGUCGAAGCGGAAACCUUGAUCAGUGAUGGUGAUCCAAAGGAGAUGAUAUGCCAGGCAGUGGAACAAAUACAUCCUGAUCUCGUUGUCGUCGGCAGUCGAGGUCUCUCUAAGUUCCGAAGAGCAUUUCUAGGGAGUGUAAGCGACUACGUUGCUCAUCAUGCAAGGUGCCCUGUUCUCAUAGCGAGGCCACGAAAGUAACGGAUCACUUAUAUAU